AUGCCUCCUCGAAUACCACCGUCGGCCGCUUCAAUUACGAUUCCUCGUCCCUCCGUCCAUACCCAUUGCAAAUCAUGCCUCACCCGCGCAUUCUCUUCCACCCCUUCUUCCCAAACUCAACUUCGAAAGCGCAUGUUCAACUGGCUUCAAGGGCCCGGAGCAAAUUUUCGACAGCCUCUGGCCAAUUCCACAAACUAUCUCUCGGCAUAUGAUCGGCGAGGGAACCUGAUACGCGAUCGGAACAAGAAGCAAGGCUCGUCUCCUGAGCCCGUCUCCGAAGGACCAGAAACGGAAAAUGUCGUCGCUCUCGAGGAAGCUGCGGAAGAAGAACCCCGAUUGCGCAAAGAAGACGAGGAAGACCUACGACCCUUCCCGCUAAACCACACAUUCAUUUCACAAAGCAUCCUGUCGGACGAGCUCCGCGAAGAAAUCUGGAAGCGAGUACGAGUAGACGGCAAAUCCGUCCGCCAGGUCUCGGUCGAGAUGGGCGUGGAUAUGCGCAGAAUAGCCGCUGUCGUUCGUCUCGUCGAGGUCGAACGAAGAAUGGUCGCAGAGGGCAAAUCCCUCGCGAUUCCCUACGCACGAGCCAUCCAGUCCAUGGUACCAGUGAACAAAUUGAACCCUCAGACACGCAAGCCCGUUGAGGAGCACGAGCCGAUCAACGACCUUGAACAACAUCCCAUGACCUACCGUCAGAUUUUCUGGCCCACGUCGGAGUCGCGAGCCUUCACCCGCACGGACGCUGGGCGCGUUUUCAGUGGCGCUCCUCGCCUUCCAGACGAGCAGGAAAGGGGACAAGAUGGCAAACCACUCCUAGAGCCCUGGCAAGACACCACCCCCGAGAUCGUCGGCAAACCAGGCCACGAGCAUCCGGUUCUGAAGCCCGCGGAUGCGCGCAUCCCUCACCCGCACCUGGUGGCCUACGAGAAAGACAAGCUCGACCCGACAAUCAAGUCGCACGAGGUUCGGGCCCGCUACGUCGAACGACUACAGCAGGAAGAUGCCAAGCGUAAGGCAAUCAUAGAACGCCAGGCCCGAAUUGAAGAAAAGAAGAAGAUUCGAAUCGAGACGGAUCGCUGGCAGUUUGUCGUCACGGAGGUCCGCGCCACCAGGACCGGCACGGGACUGGACGGGCGUGGCACCAAGGCUCCAGGAUUCAGGUACGGCGUGCCCAGCCAGGAGCGGAAGAAGGGACAAGUCAAGAUCCCUACCAGCGUAGAGGUUUGA